UGAGCAGCAGGGUUUUUACACUCAUUCACCUCCGCCGGCACGGUUGAAUGAUGAGGAAGAAGAGUAUAUCCCUAAGGUGAACUAUGUCCGCCUGUCAACUUCCUAUCCUGAUCGGAAACUCCUGCCUGGAGGGCUGGAAGAAGAUCGGCUCCGGGGGUUUCGGGCAAAUCUUCAAAGCCCGGCACCAUCAGUGGUGCUGCGACGUGGCCAUCAAACUGCUUCACUAUGACGACGGGAGCAGCGCGUCUUUGCUGCGUGAGAUCGACAUGAUGCGUCAAGGGAGCAGCCCGUACGUCAUCCUGGUCCGAGGGGUCUUCGAGGGUCAUGCGCCAUCCUGUCCCUCGACUAAACUGGGCCUGGUCAUGGAGUUCAUGGAGAGAGGAUCACUGGCCUCCCUACAGGACAGCUUACAUGGAGCUCCGCCCUGGCCGCUGGUCUUCAGGCUGGCUCACCAAGUGGCUCUGGGUAUUAACUUCCUCCACAGUCUGUCUCCUGCCCUGCUCCACCUGGACCUGAAGCCCAGCAACGUGCUGCUGGACAGCGCUCUCAAUGCCAAGCUCACAGAUUUUGGCCUCUCCCGGUUUUCCCAAAGCGUCACGCGGCGUUCUAAGAAGGACGGCGAAGAGGAAGGGGGGACGACCAACUACAUGCCACCGGAGGCGUUUCACCUUUCGUACAAACCGACCAAAGCCUCCGACAUCUACAGUUAUGGUAUACUCUUGUGGUCCAUUGUCACAGGGCAACAACCAUAUGCAUAUGCAAAGUCCAGCUUGGUGCGGUUCCGUAUCCCGGAGGGAGACCGUCCAUCGCUGGACGAGAUCAGGCUCCAGACUGCAGGAAUUGCAGGGUUGACGAGACUGAUGGAGCUCAUGGAGAGAUGCUGGGACACCAUUCCCCAAAGAAGGCCCUCUGCCCUGGCGUGUACAACUGAGGCAGAGGAACUGUUCAAGAUGCACAAACAUGCAAUUAAUGAUGUCGUCUAUGAAGUGCUUAAGAUACUGGACAAAAUGGAAGAAGAAAGAAUGAUAGAGCAGAUGGAGAGGGUUCAUGUCACUCAGGUUUCAGUGAGUGAACGGGUGGAAGUGACGAUUCGUGAUACCGUGCCAACAGGCCGCCCACCAAUCCAGGAAAUGGCUGGCAACAGCACUACAAAUCAAACAGGACAAGCAAGAGUCAAAGAUCGGCCUUCAUCCCGACCUACGAGUGGGUGUUAUGAUGACAUGGACCGCCAAUCGACGGACUAUAAAGUGAAAAAAUCCUCCGUUUGCCCCAUUCAAUCGUCACCGUCGUCUCCAUCGACUGGGAGGUCAUCUCAAGGCAGAACAGCAAAACCUUCCCAGCAGGGUGUUAAGCGAAACUUGUCUUCAGAGUAUCACCGUCAGUUUUCCAUCCCCAACACUUUCCCCUGCCAACCCACCGCUGCACGAGGAAUCAAUUAUAACCUCUGCAACGUAACUGGACUCCAGCACGGCAACAACAACACCAUGAACAUCCACGUUAUGAACCACUCAGAAAGGAGACGGCAUCCAACGGCACCACCUACGGUCGACCUCCAGCCGCUGCACCAUGGAAGCUUGAAGGACAAGAAAGGAGGGGUUCGCUGAGAUCAUGGGGACCUUUUUGCAGGUUUGAGUUCUCUAAUCCCUGAUACAGUUUUCUAUGCUUGGGCCAUCCUUUCUUGCACAACAGGAAGGUCAUGUUUUGUAAGAGAAGUAUGAAGCGUAGCAGUUUUUUUGGGGGGGGGAAUCUUCUCUUUUUUUGCUUUUAAAUCUGGAGAGAAUUCACGUUGUUCAAAUAACAUGCAGGCUUUUAAAAUGUUUCAAAAUUAAUUAAUUCAUUCUAUAUAUUUUAAUAGUAUUUAUUCAUAUUGCUUCUUUUGUUGGACCAAUGUGCAACAAUCUCACACCUCCCUUUUGCCCUGUCAGCAGUAUAAAUGUGAGCCAAGGCUGUUCAUAUGGUUUUGCUCUUCCACCAACUGUGGUCAACAAAUAUCCUCAGUCGCAGUGCCAUCUCUCAAUAAAAAGUGCCAAAAAUCGCCAUAACAACAGAUUGAUUAUUAAUACAAGCAGGUUGGUAAAAAGUCUUCAAUGUUUUCAUUUUAGCCUCAAUGCCAGGUGCACAUAUGACACCCCUUUGGUAUGUCAAUCAAGUAGGUUCAAACAAACUUAAAGAAUAAUUUGUAUUAUUCUGAACCAGGUCUGGCUAAGUAUUGAUCAUCAAACUAAACUACUAUAUAUAUACAUAUAUAUGUACAGAUGUUUUUGGAAUGUGCAAGUGUUUUGUUUUAAAGGUACUUAAUGCAUUACUUUGUUGUCUUUUAUUCCUGUGUCACUUUGUGGGUAUAUUUUUAUUUUAUUAUUUUUUUUUGAAGUGCAGCCAACAAAAGGUUUAGACCCCUAGAACUUCAUUAGUGUGUACAAUGCCAUAAAGAUUUUUUACAGUUGAUGAUACGGUGCUGCCAUUAAAUGCAUGAAAUAACUUCAAUGAAGUGAAAAAAAAAGAAUUGCAUUAUCUAAAAGGAUAACUAUUUGAUGGUAUUAUGGGAUAUAUAAUAUCGACAGACUCUGAUCCUAAUGGUACUUAAGUGGAGUAUAAAGUAAGGGAAACAUUAAGAACCUGGAGAUUUUAUAAGUGAAGAAGUAUAGUUUACUAAGAUUCUUGUCUUAAAACAUUUGUACUCAAGUGUUGUGUUUUUUUUUAUAUUUUUGUGUAAUUUUAAACACCAAAAUCAGGGUUUUUUGACAACUUAAUUUUAGUUUUCAUAUUUCAAGUGGUAAAUACCUUAGAGUUGCAACAAUAAGUCAAUUAAUGGUCUAUCAGAAAAUUAACAGUUUUGAUAAUCAAUAAAUGGUUUAAUUUUUUUUGAAAGGCAAAUUCUCUGGGUUUAGCUUCUCAAAUGUGAGAAUUUACAAUUUCUCUCUUUCUUUUUAUCAUUGCAACUGAAUAUUUUUUGUCUUUGAACCAUUUGUCGAGCAAAUCAAAGACCUGUGACAAUUACUCGAUUCAUCAGUCAAUCGUCAGAUAAUUAAUCUGCAAGUUUUUUUCUUUUCUUAAGCAAAAAUGCCAAAAAAUAUCAUGUUAUGGCUUCUCAAAUGUUAGAAUUUUGCUGUUUUUCUACUUUUUUAUAUAUCUUUGUAAACAGAGUAUCUUUGAAAAGUCUUGCUUUAUUGAAAUGUAAUAAAAAAAUCAU